UUUUUUUUAUUUUAAAAUUUUUUUCUUCUCUCUUACUUCUCUAUAUAUAUCCUACUCUUCCUGUGCUUCGAUAUUUCAAAAUUUCAUCGCUUUUGAAGUUUCAAAAUUUAAAUGGCUGGUAUUUGCUGUGGUGUUGUUGGAGAAGGCGAACCAACGGCUCCAAUCGAGCCAAAUCCACGCCCAUCCAGGCGAAGGAGCCUAGACUUGCUUUCUUUGAGGUUAAUGACCGACGUGGCGACGGCGGCGGCGCCCGAGGCUUCCCGGAAACGGCAGAGGAUGGAUCUUUGCGCGGUUCCCAGGGAGUGCGGCAACGUCGCGAAGAACCGCGGUUCCUUUGUUGUCGGGCAGAACAAGGAGGACGGAUCUAAGCAGCUGGUUAACAACGAAGAUGGCACAGUUUCGGAACCGAAACGGUCCAAGGUUUCUUCUCUGUUGGGUUCGACGGCGGGAGGUUUGGGAAAUGAGAAGGUUUAUGGAGAGUGUCCGAAGUUCGGCGUGACUUCCGUUUGCGGAAGGAGACGAGACAUGGAGGAUUCGGUUACUGUGCGUCCUUCUUUCUGUGAUGAGAGUUACAGAGGGUUCCAUUACUUCGGCGUGUUUGACGGUCACGGUUGCUCACAUGUUGCGACGCUGUGCAAGGAGAGGCUGCAUGAUAUUGUGAAGGAUGAAAUCAGUGGAGCGAAGAAGGAUGAAGAAGAGUUGGAAUGGAAAUCCGUGAUGAAGCAUGGGUUCUUGCGCAUGGACGACGACGUACACACCUGGAGCAAGGGGAAUCACUCCUCCACCUGCCGCUGCGAGCUUCAGAGUCCACACUGCGACGCUGUCGGAUCCACUGCCGCUGUCGCCGUCGUCACCUCCGAGAAGAUCGUUGUCUCCAACUGCGGCGACUCACGUGCAGUGCUCUGCCGCAACGGCGUGGCCAUCCCCCUGUCCUCCGAUCACAAGCCUGACCGACCCGACGAACUGAUCCGGGUUCAAGCUGCAGGAGGGCGCGUGAUCUAUUGGGAUGUUCCCAGGGUGCUUGGGAUGCUAGCCAUGUCUAGAGCCAUAGGGGAUAAUUAUCUGAAACCGUACGUGAUCCCGGAACCGGAGGUGACCGUUACUGAGAGGAGACACGAUGAUGAGUGCUUGAUUAUUGCGAGUGACGGUUUGUGGGACGUGGUGUCAAAUGACACUGCGUGCGGGGUGGUGCGGAUGUGUCUCAAGGCGCACAAGCUGCCGUCGCCGCCGGGGUCUCCGUCGGGGAGUGGGGUGGCAGCGGACGGAUCCGAUAGGGCGUGCUCAGAUGCUUCCAUUCUGCUGACGAAGCUGGCGCUGGCGAGGCACAGCGAGGAUAAUGUGAGCGUGGUGGUAGUUGACUUGAGGAGGGGCCAACAACGGUCUAAUCCCAACAAUAACGACAACGUUAAUUGAAAUGAUGGUACCAAUGGAUGAAUGAAUGAAACGGCCUUUUAACUUCAAUGGCCAUUGGCCACCCUCCAUUUUUCGAAGGACCACGGUGGGGGUGUUGGGCAUUUUGGUUAUUGAAUGUGAUAUGUAAUAGUAGUAUUUAGCUAGGUUCUUGAGUCGAGUAAGGAAGAAAAUUAAAUCGUAGCCUUGUCAACUGUGAAGGGAACAAAAAUUAUAGGAAAAAUAUCUAGUGGGGGGAAAUUUGUGUCAGCAAAGGACUAAAUCAGCCGGUUGACACUACGGGUCUAAUAGAUUCUGUUUUGGUUCGUAGUUUGUUCAAGUUAAGUUUGUUUAUCCCAUAUUUACUUUGAUUAAUUAAUGCAACGAUUGGUAAUGAAUAACCAACCUGUGGAAGCUUA